AUGGCAGACCUGCAAGAUGUACGGACGAGAUUCCUGCAAAGCUCAGCUCGAAUGAUUUUCCUCGCCAGUCCAUCGACCUCGCGGCAUCUAUCGUACCAAAGCAGCGAACUUGAGCAUACUAGGUCUCAUGGAACAACAUCCCGUGCAGCACGAACUGUAUGCGAAGCGUGCGGCACUUUGUUAUUGCCCGGAUGGACUGCCUCUACGCGAUUCGGAACACAGAGGACCACAACCACAUCUCAGGCCACGGUAGAUGAGAAGAUUCGGAGAAAGACCGUCUCAUUGAAAUGCUCUGCAUGCCACAGAGUCACGAAGCAGACCGCAGAAAUCAAGCCGAACGCUCGAGGCUCGAGACGAUUGAAGCCGCCUGUUCGAGGCCAAAAGAGGUUGCAGCCUUCUGUUCCAGGUGACCAGGAGAAGGAAACUGUCCACGAUGAAUUGUCCACCGAUAACUCCGCCGACAAAUCCACCAAACUCAGCAGCAAGAAGAGAGCGAAGGCGAGGAAAGAUCGUCAAGGAUUACAGGCACUACUGAACAAGAGUGCACAGAACAGAAGCCGCCCAACUCUCAAUUUGAUGGACUUGAUGAAGCGUCCAUGA